AUGGCUGACAUCGAGGAUGAGGCAGAGUUUGAGGACAUGCUUAAAUUUGUGAUGAACAAGUGGAGAAAUGUUCGACAGAAGAAGGUGGCAAUUGAGAACGAAACUACAACUGCGUCGGGGUUGGAGCGUAUUUCACAGUCGAGACGAUUCACGGACACUGAUGUGAAGACGGAGUUUGGUAUUGACAGUAGUGAUGAGGAAGACACUAAUACUGGAAGCGCGAAAGAUGAAUCUACUAAAGACAAGCCUGCGGAUGCAUCGAGUAAUGUAUCUAUUCGUCUCAAUCCAAAGUGGGAGCGCCCAAGACGUCGAGAAAGAAAAUUAUUGAAGGAGAGAAAGCUGAUAGAAAAAGUACAACCGGACUUCCGCGAGGUACAAAGGCGUCUGUCUGGUGUGAGUGUGAAGUACGGGGACGCGGAGACAAUAAAACCGAAGCUGCAAACGAUGAAAAAUUCUGUACUGGUACAGGACGCAUUUUACCUUCUCCUGACGAAACUACUGGAUACGUGCCUGAAGCUCCUUCCGCUCUCGAAUUCGGAAGAGGACGCCAUUUCUGUUGAUAGCUCUCAACCCAGCCAAGAAACGACUCAAAAGAAAAGCGAAUCUGUGGAAACGCUGGUUAUUAAGGACGUUGGAAGCUUUUCUCGGCAGCAGAUCGAGACUUUUAAGCGUGUUGAAAACUUGAAACGAGUGGUGACUAUGGGCUUGGAUAUGCAUAAGUGGCUACUUGAAGUUGGAAUUCCGUCUCAUCCGGCUCAGUAUCACGAUAAGAGUCGUCAAGUAGCCGCUGAAGUGUUAUCAUCGUACCCUUACACGAGAAUCCCUGGGCUCCCCGAUGCACCUGAAUACAGCUACGCCAUGCUAUAUAGAGCUGUCCCACCAAUGUGGCUGACGGACGCAGCCAUACUAGCGUUGUGUUGGCGGCUUACAAACGACUACUGCUCCUCUCGUUUUGCCGGAUUUCUGCCAUGUGUUGCUACCACGAGGCGUAAGCGAAACGCCAAAGAACGGCCGAUUGAAGAAGCUCGUAUCUUUUACUAUGACCCGAUGAAUCAAGCCGCUUACAACAACACCGCUAAAGCUGUGGAUACAAAUCUCAAGAUAAGCGGGCUGCACGACGUCGCUAAAAAACGCCGCUUCGAGCUCUUCUACUACCUGCUGUCGGGAUGCCUUCUUCCUCUGGAGAGACCGACUUCAGCAGACACUAUGACAAGCGACGACACGGAGGAGAAGAUGCGUGCCUCUACAGCUGCCGGCGGGGACAGCGAUGACGAUGACCUUCCGCCUACACAACGUGCAGAGAAGUAA